AUGGAUAUGGCCUGUUUAAAAAUGUGGAUUUUAAGACCACCACUCAUCAGAUAUUUCUUUUUCAAUUUACACUGUUUAAAAAAUAUGAGAAAACCAAAAAAACCUGGUAUCGAAAAAAAACAAACAAAAUCUGAUUCUACAUUUUUUUCACUAUUAUUUUGUGUUAAGCAAAUAUUCAAAUUUUAUAAGAUUACAUUAAGUUCAACAUUAAGAUUAGUUCAGUUAAUAAUACUUGAGAAAAAAAAAGAUAAGAUGAUAGCAGAUAAUCAAAAUGUAUCAGUAGAUAUCAAUUCGUUGCAACAGCAACAACAACAGCAACAGAGUGAACAGCAACAACAACAACAACAACAACCACAGACACAAAGCAAACCAACCUAUAGACCAUCUGACCCACCAAGAUCGAUCAUUAUGUUUGAUGGUGUCUGCAAUGUCUGCGAUGGUUUCGUUCAGUUUGUAUACCCAAGAGACACCAAGAAGCGAUUCUCAUACCAGGCACUGCAAACCGCCAAAGGUAUCGAGAUCCUCAAUUACUACGGUAUACCUGCCGAUCUCUCAACCAUUGUCCUCAUCGAAGAGGAAACCGGUAAACACUAUACCAAAUCAACAGCUGUACUAAGAAUUCUUUAUUAUCUUCAAAAUCCAUAUCCUUUAAUGUAUUCAUUUUAUUAUAUGCCAACAUUCUUGCGUGAUUUUUGCUACGGUCAGUUUGCAAAGUACAGAUAUCUUGUUAUGGGUAAGAAGGAUACAUGUAUGAUUCACCCAGGUUUGAAAGAUCGUUUCGUCGAUUGGAGAAGUCCAAUCCUUGAAGAACUCGAACCAGAUGAAACCAAAGAAAUUGCUCUAAAUAAUGGAGUCGCUCUAACACCACCAAUGGGUUGGAACACCUGGAAUCACUUUGGUUGUGAGACUUCACAGAUCAAUGCUACUUUGAUCAUUGAGACCGCUAUGGCUAUGGUAACCAGUGGUAUGGCCGCCGUCGGUUACGAAUAUGUCAACCUCGACGAUUGUUGGCUCGCCAAGGAGCGUGACGCCCAAGGUCGUCUCCAAGCAGAUCCAAUCCGUUUCCCCGAUGGUAUUGCACCUUUGGCUGCCUACGUUCACUCACUCGGCUUGAAGAUGGGUAUCUACGGAGACGUCGGAAAUCAAACAUGCGCUGGAUUCCCAGGCUCAGAAAACUAUUUGGCACUGGACGCCAAGACCUACGCCUCGUGGGGAAUCGACUAUGUAAAGAUGGACGGAUGCAAUUUCCCAGUCGACGAAAUGAAGGAGAUCUACACUGACUUGUCGCAAUACCUCAAUGCCACAGGACGUCCAAUGGUCUACAGUUGCAGUUGGCCAGCCUACGCCCAAGGUGAAUAUGUCAACUUCACCUAUGUCGGUGAGAUCUGCAAUCUCUGGAGAGAAUUCGACGAUAUCAACGAUAAUUUCGACACCUGGACUGCCAUCCUCGAUCAGAUGAUGUCUACCGGUCGUGCUCCAUUCGCAGGUCCAGGAAACUGGAAUGAUCCAGAUAUGUUGGAAAUCGGAAACGGUGGACAAACCACUACCGAAUACACCUCUUUCUUCUCACUCUGGUCGAUUAUCGCCGCUCCAUUGAUUGCUGGAAACGAUCUCCGUUUCAUGUCACAAGACACCAUCGAUAUUCUAACAAACUCUGAGGUUAUCCAAGUCGAUCAAGAUCCAUUGGGUAUCCAAGGUACCAGAAUUUUCCAACAAAACGGUAACGAAAUCUGGUCGAGACAAUUGGUCGGUGGAAACACUGCCGUCGUUCUCUUCAACAGAGGAUCAUCUACCUCGACCAUCACUUUGACCUCACAACUUCUCAACAUUCCAUCGACCACCAAAUUAUUGACAAGAGAUCUCUGGCAACAUAAAUCCGCCGGUAUCUUCCAAGGUUCAAUGAGUUUCAGUGUACCAUCACAUGGAUGUGUUAUGUUGAAGCUUUCUCCACAAUAA